UCAGGCGCGCGCGUGGGCCACCGAAUCCCCGAACUGCACCGCACUAAUGUUCUCGACGAGACUUUUUCUCGUCGCGCUGCUCGCCGUGUUCGGCGCGUUGACGCUCGCCCCCGCCCCGUGCGAGGGCAAGAUCACCUACAUCAGGCCCCUCUGGCAGCCAACCAGCGAGUGGAGCCCCCCGGAGGAGCGCGAAGAGCCCGCGGAGCUGCACAGCGCCGCCAUGAAGCUGUACUCGGAGUACGUGGAGAAGAGCGGCAUCCAGCCGUGCACCUACUGCUGAGAACGCGCGCUUCUUUUCAUCAUGCGGGAAUACUAGCAACGUAGCCGGGAGGGACGUAUAGAUAUUAGGGCGCAGGGCUCGGCCCGGCCAAUUCAAGCUAACAUCGGUCGGUCUUUCUUCGCGAGGGGCAAGGGGCGUCGCGAGAGGCGGGGGGCGAUGCGCCCGGGUUUCGGACCCGAAGCGCGGUCGCAGUCGUGGAGGGCCACCGGGGGCCGACGCGAGGCGCGGGAUUUCGACCCGCGCGUGGUGCGCGGGCUGCACAGACAGCAAAGCCGAGCUCUCAGCGAAUAAAAAAAUAUUUUUCGAGCC